GUCUACCAUAUGCAUUCUCGCAUUCUAGCGUUGAGUAUGUCGUUGAAAUGUAUUGCCGCCAGCGGCAAGCUAAGCAGCUCGAUAAACGGCACUGUGGUUGCGCGCUCAAUCGUGCUUUGCAUCCGACCUCUCGUACAUUUGUCCCAAUUUUCAGAUUUUUCAGAUUGUAAGCCACUCAGGAAAACAUCGGAACUCUCUCUGCUUGUUUGGAGCGUCAGAUAAUCGAGGCAGCGAACCGCUCAGGUGCU